UCACACAAUUCACAAACCAGCCGCCCAAUCUAUUCCUGCCAAUACGGUUGCACGCGCAAGGUCCAUCCCAAGACUUGUGCGGCUCCAGAACUCCGGCGCCUAAAAGUAGACCGCCCAAAACAGAACAACAAGCGAGUCAACCUCAUCAGCAACCUGGGGAAGAUCGCUCGCAUCGGUAUUGGUAAAACGGCUUUCGCGCGCCUCUCAUGCAUCUUGUCCAGUUUGUCAGGCCGCCGAGGCAAAACCCAUUCCUUGGGCCCGCCACGCGCUGUCCUGAUGAAAUCUCCACCUGCACUGUUGCGCGAACCGGACGAGGAUGAAGAACCCUGUGAGUUGAGUCGGUCUCUGUCGGCAUCCCUGAAUCUGCGAGUUGAGCGUUCGAUUCAACCGUCUUGUCAUGUGUGCGUCGGGCGUUGGGUGAGUCUGGCAGGAAAAGCCAUGUCAACUUCAUGCGAUGGCAGUAGCCGUGCCAUGCCCUGGACUGCGCCACGCACACAAAGAAAACACGUGCACUGCCGCGGCUGCAGUAAUGGCCGUCGUUGGACCAGGCGGUCUGCUGUCGCAACCUCCUGA